AGUGUGCAUGCAACCCUCUUUACGCAUACCUGCUGAAAAUUAAACAAAUGCUUCCGUGACAAUUGUCUCCUAUAUAUAUAGAAAUUCUGGAAUUUCAAUGACAAGAGGACUAAUAGAGAAACAAUAUUAACGACUGGUUUUCAUCUUAUGUAUACCUGCCGAGGAGACGAUGGAAGCUGCGGCAAUGUACGAGUUUGUUGCAUCAGGGGAAGAUGAACUGAGUUUUAAAAAGGGGGACGUGCUAAAGAUUCUAGACUCUGAUGAUAAUUGGUAUAAAGCAGAGCUCCGGGGAAGCGAGGGAUAUGUUCCGAAAAACUAUGUUCAAGUACAGAAUCCAAGAUGGUACAGGGAGAACAUAUCCCGUGCGGAUGCAGAGAAUUUACUCAUGGGCAAAUGUCUUGGAUCUUUCAUCAUUCGAGGCAGCCAGACCUCCAAAGGGGAAUUCUCAAUCUCAGUCAGGCACGAAGGAGAUGUUCAGCAUUUCAAAGUCAUGCGGGACAACCGUGGAAAUUAUUUCCUAUGGACAGAGAAAUUCAAGUCAAUCAACAAGAUGGUGGAGUACUACAAAACGUCAUCUAUCUCUAGACAGCUACAGAUUUACCUUCGAGAAGAUGCACCAGAAACAGAGGGGGCAUUCGGUGAAUCAAAAGUCCAGAAGCCUGCUGCAGAGAGAUACCCUGUAGUUCGUCAGGAACAGAAAGAGGUCUCAGUUGUCCCAAAGCGUUCUAGAAGGGUCAAGGCUCUCUUCGAUUUCAAAGCCAUGGAGCCAGAUGAACUGGACUUCCAUGCUAGUGACAUAAUUGAAGUGCUGGACUACUCUAAUUCUUCCUGGUGGAUGGGGAGAUUGGGGGACAGAGUGGGCCUUUUCCCUUCCAAUUACGUGGCAAGCAUCGACCGAUGACAACAUGAAAGUGCAGAUAAAGGAAUCUCCAUAGGUGAUCGGAGAGAGGAAGGACAUCACCUGGCCAAAAACUGCUGAGAUGUACCUAGCAGAUAUUUACUACAUUUUUAGGUGGGGUAAUAGUUGGUAAAAACUGCCUUUGGUACCCUGUAACUAAAUAAAUAAAUGAAUGAUAAUGUAUACUUCCACAAAAGUAUGUUAAAACAAAAUAUUGAUCAUGUUAUAUAUUUUAUGGAGUGAGUUUUAUUUUUAGAUUUUACUAUAUGUUGUUUGCAUUUUCCUUGCUACAUUGUUUUGUUACACAACAGAAAAUGAGUAAGCGCUAAUUAACAAAUAGGCAGCAACCCCAAAAAGGGAAAUCCCUUAAAACCCUUUUAAAAUUCCAGAAAAGAGACAGAA